AUGCUCCGUGGUGGUCACGCCGCCCGGCAACUCGAUGGCGACGAUAGGAGUCUCAGCGAGACAGACGAGCUGGAAGAGCUAGAUAACGUGGACGACGAAAAUUACGAACAGCAAGAUGUCAAUAGAUACGAGCAGAAUGGUUUCUUAUACGACGACUACGAUACCAAUAGCGACUGGGGCGAGUAUGGCAAUGUCCCGGUUAUUCUAGGCGAAUACGAAGAAAUGGUAAUGCGCCUUGAAGGAAGCGAUGACUGGAACAAGGAACAGCGCAAGAUCCACGAGCUGAUCUACAUGCGAGGUCUCCACCCCAUGAUACCCUCCUGGUGGAGGAUGAGCUUCAGGAUGUGGGGCAUCACUCAACAGCACAUGGACGACGUCUUUACGCCGAAAAGGAGCCAGAAGCGUGUGGUUAUACAUGCGUAUGGGAACGAGCUUUCAGCGGCAAAAGCUCUCGAAUCCCUGUUCUACUUGUCUCAGACUGUCAAGGACUACGAGGAAAUUGGCUACCAGGAUAGAAUCGCACCCACUGUGGUAAAGGUCAUCCGUAAUUACUACAAAUGGGCACUGAAAGAUGCGUCAGUGGGCAGGUGUGGAAUCCCGCCUGGUUUACUGGUUACGGCGUAUCCGCCAGAUUUCACCAUCAAUUUCGAUAUUGGAGAGGACACUGACGGAGACGAUGGCGACUAUGUGGAUGAAGAAGGUAUCGGCAAUGGGGUUGAGCAGGAUGAGACUGGGAAGGGCGACGGUGGAUACAUCGACGAUGACCGUGACUACGAUGACCGUGACUUGGACGACUUCACAGACGAGCAACACCAACAGCGUUUCACCCGUACUGUAUCCAGAGACCUUGAGAAGAGGCUCAUGGACAUGGGCCAACGCUGGCGCAGGUAUCUUCGAGAAGAUGUACGCAAAGACAUCCCGGUCGACCCGCCGACACUCUACGCCUUUGCCGUUGUACAGCACAUGGUCAUGCUUGUCAGUCACGACUCCAACAGCUCGAAGAACCCCGUAGUUGUCCUGGAGCAGGUUCGGCUGAACGACAGAGGGCAGUGGCUCUGGAAUGCUUUGUCGAUCGCUAUACCUAUCAACAAGACGCGAGAUGCCAUAUUCAAGAUGCGGCGGGCCGGUUGCUUUUCGCUGAGCCGGGAUGAGUCUGACGAUCCUGAUAUUUGA